CCUCUUGUGCUGAGUUCCCGCGUGAGUGUCGGUAUAUAGAGCCAGGACCUCGCUGGAGGUAGGCAGACGUUCAAAGCUAUUUCAGGCAGGAUUUUCACACGGGUGCCAGACUCAGCUAGAAGGUGACACUAAGGUGACACAGCUCGAAGGUCACACUAAGGUGACACAGCCUAAAGGCCGACAGCAUGAAGCCCUCAGAGCAAACGUCCAUAGCGCGACUUUUGGUGAAUGUAGUUCUGCUGAGUCGUCUGCUGGUGGCGGCCUUCCCCUCCCCGUACCACACUUCCAGCCCGGGGGACGAGCAGCUCUACCUCCCCGUGGAGACAGACGACGAUCAGCUGGUCCCGGCAGGCCUAGCAGACGAUGAUGACGUCAGUAUAAAUCUGCUGGAAGACAUCAGUCAGCUGAUCGAGUCCAGUCGCAGACUCCAACAGCUGCAUCAGAUGCUGUCAGUGCUCAACUCAGGUACCGAGAACAGAUCCAGGUCUAAAAGAAUGUUUGCCCUUCCAGGCCUGGACAACAUUGACCACAUCAUGGACAUGCUGCACCACCACAGCCAGAAGACCAGCAACAGGAAUAAGAUGCAGCUGCACGGCUAGCAGGGCAGACGACAGACGUGCUUCCAACAGUGGCAUGUCGUGUCAGGCCGUAGAUGCUAAAAUAAAGUC